GCUCGAUGCUCAGCAAUAUGACCACAGCGAGCGCUGCCGCUGUCAGCGACCUCGACGCCGACUACCACGAUUCUGGCUGGGUCAACCCAUUCGACCCUGAGCACGCUAUCCAUUCUGACGUCCAAGAGGGCAUCGCGGACGAUCAUACGCGAGGACCAUCGCGCCUGGUUUCUCAUACGGUCAACAGUCCGCCAACCUUCCACGAGCCAUUCGCUGUGCUUGCGCAAUCUGGUGUCGCUGCCAUUCACCGCGCGCCACUUCUGCGGUCAAGCGUGCGUACGCCCCCGCUGGCUUUUUUCGCGCCCUGGCAGCCUCCUCGCGCUACAGAUACCUAUGAUCACCUCCAACUACCCAUGCCCUGGCAGGAGAAAGACCCUCCUGGUGUCUUCGGGCUCUUCUAUCCGGCUUGGAGUACGCCUCAAGCUGGUGUCACGCCUCUGGUCAGGACUGCGCCUUUUGAAUCAUUCCCUUUCGGCGGAGGCUCUGACCGCAUUGGCGUAGACGAGGCGUCGCGGGCCAUAAUACCUGGUCAUUCUGCCUCGGAGCAUGUAUCUACUGGCGUACCACCUCGCGCAAGUGAUGAGCGCAUCGACUACAGCAGCAAUGCCGCCAGUUGCUACUCUGCGUUCACGCCUGACGAUGCUGGUACCUACCUGCCACCUCCAGCUGACGCAAAUAAUUUCGCCUCAGGCUGCUCUCUGACCCAGCGCAUCCCGCCAUUCUGCGACGACCCAUGGGCCGCCACUCGUGCUCCCAAGCGCAAGGCUGACGUUAAUGAUCACAUCGCCGUGAAGCAAGUACGCAUAAAGGGCCCCGAGGACGCCGACUAUCCGACUCCUGUGGUGGGACUGGACGAGGAUGAGACACCGUCGUCUCUCAGCAAGGCAGCGAGCGUUCAGGCUAGGGUUCUCCGCCUGCCUCCCGACAUGGUCUUGGCGGCCCAUCCCUCAGACCCGACCGUCUUCCGCAUCAUGAGCCCUUCGGAGGCGGUUGAGAAGGGCUACGAUGUAUACCUCAUACAGCAGUCUUGCGCGAGGUGUGACGUCGAUGCGCCGGGCAACUCCAGCGAUGAAGCGGCGUCGCAGGUCGAAGCCGCGGGUGUUGUCCGUACCAUAUCGCCAGACUCCUCGGGAGCGCCCGUGCUCUCAAUGCCCGCAGAUCCUGAGCACCACUCCUUCUCGUCUGUCUCGUCUCUCAGUAGCUUGUCCUCGGAGGAAGGACCUGAUUGGGACGAGGGCCAUACCUCUACUGGUCAGCAAGUCUCGGUACUGACUCUGAAAGAAACCCGAUGGCACCCGUUGCGGUCACGAUUACGGCGCUAACGUCUUUCAAUGACCGACAUACAAGAAGCCGGUCACCGACUGACCCCGCAGCACAGGCGCGCGACUUGUCCAGAGGUCCAGCCAGAUGCGCGCCCGAGGGCGGAUGGGUUGCAAGACGGAAUUCAAUGCUGUACGUGGGCUCGAGAUCGAGGUUCGUCUGCGGCAGGCAGGUGAAGUAUGGAUGCCUUGUCAGGCGUAUACGCAUUAUGAGAUGUACAAAGGUCGUUGAGUGUGCUUGUUUACCUUACCGCACGUCGCAAGACAUGUACUCGAGUAUAUACCUGAUCAUGCUCGGACCCUUACAACGCUUUUUGUUCCACGUGUAACUCGAUGGGGGGCAGAUGAUUGGACAGCGAGAGGAUUCAUUAGCAGCAAUUCAUAGUAGAUGUAUACAGGAAUCGACUCGCUGCCGCUCCG